GGGGGUGCUCUUCUUGGAGGCAUCAAUGCCUUACACACCUCAUUUCCAGAAAAUCCAAUGGCGCAGUACCGAACACAGUGUGAACUCAUACUCGAGCGACUGGAGCUGCAAGAUCUUCUGCACAAAGAGCUACAAAGACUCGACAGAUUACAAAAGGAGAAUUCAAGCCAGCUGCAGCCCGAAGAAACAAGUUUAAGUACUACUCCAAGAUGCUUGAACAAGGAUACACGUGGACAGUCACAGCAAAUGUCUCAGUCAGAGCCUUCUGAUCAGCAAGAGAAUAACUCCAGGUCACAGCCGCCUUUGCCCGAAGGCAGAUGUGAAGGGGAGCAUCAGGUUGCACAUCCAGAACCCUUGUGCAACCCAGCACAUGGUAAUAACAAAGAUACAAACUACUUGAUUAAACAUAGUAAGAGAGGUGGUGAUGGCAGCAUGGCAUGGUUUGACAGCCUGGAAGAGAGCAACACUGUUGCUGAAGAAACUCUUCAGAAAAAGUCUCCAGUGCCCAAGAUAUCUCCAAAGAAGUUGGCUUCAAAAACCCUGUGUGAAACGUCCUGCUCUGAAGAAAGAAGUGCUUCAAUGCCAAGGAAGGGAAAUGGAACGAGAGGGUCACUGGCAGCUGUGAGCCUACAUGGUCCUUCGGAGCAGGACAAAGUUGCCAAGGUAAGCAGGAAAAGGACUGAAGAACACAACUGUUCUUCUUCAGGAACCAGUACUCAUGACCCGUCAUCACCAAGUGCUGGUGCGCAGGAUUCAGUUGUUACGCAGCGCGUUUCUAAAAGCUGUCAGAGACUGCACACAGGGAAAUCACGUGGGUUCUUUACAAGUACACAGGACCCUGAGGCAAAGGCUCUUCCUUCAGUAUCACCUGAGUCUGGCCUGCUAGAUUUUUCAAGUGAUGCAGAUUCUGUGUUAGGGGAGGAAAAGAACAGCAUAUCUGUAGAGGCAAAAACUGGAACCAUUUCCAUGAGAAAACGAGGCAAAGGCCAAGUAGUGAAGGGAACAAAGGUCACAAGUUCCCAUGAGCCAGGAAUCCUUGAUAGUGAAAGUCCUCCAGCAGCUAAACUACUUAAAUUUUCUUUCAGACCAAGGACAAAACUUGAUCAUCCUUCAGAGAAGAAAAAUGAAGAGUUUUCUCCUUUUCAGAGUGAAACUGUUUUUAAGCCUGGAGAGCAGCUCCAGGGAGAGCAGCCGCCAGAGGAAUGCUGCCCCCCUGAGAAAUCCAAGAUGACAUUGACUCGUUUACGAAAAAAUAGUUUGGAAAAACAAUCAGUUGAUAAUAGAGGGAAAGAAAAGCAACAGAGUCAGGCCUUAGUGAAGGAGCUCAAGGGAGGCACAACAAUAUGCCCUGAUGUCAGUUUGGAUGCUGUGUCAUCUCGACCCACUGAAAAGAAAAGGGACGGAGAGGAGAAGCUGGGUGCUCCAAGUGCAGGGAAGGUGCGCUCCAGCACAUUGGCCAAGCUGUCAGCAUUCUCCUUUGCAUCGCGUCCUGAGUCAAAAUUGGAAACCUUGCCUACUGUUAACAUUGACACUGACAAGGAGAGCCAUAGCCCAUUGCUGAAGGGGCACGUGAGCAAUCUGAGCAGAAGGAAGAGUUUUGCGUUGGGAAAUCCCAGUAAAGCCAGGGUGGUCACACAGAAAUCUCUUUUUUCAAUAGCAGAGCUGGAUGAUGCUACCUUAGAUUUUGAUUGGGAUGAAGAGCUUAGGAAAAAUCCAAGCAUCUAA